AUGAUCCAUCGUGACACUCCAUCUUCUCCCUUAUACAAUUCGUCGUUAACUGAUUGGCAACGAGUAAGCAAUGCUUUGCGACGUUCACGUGAUCGCAUCAACCGUUUCACCUCAUCAGAAGAUGAAUCACCUGAUCAUCUAAUGUACAGCGAAGGAGAUUACCUGGUGAACAUAUCAAUCGGUACACCACCAAGACCUUUCAUUGGAAUUGUUGACACCGGAAGCGAUCUUAUAUGGACACAAUGCAUGCCAUGCAGGCAAUGUUUCGAGCAAAACCCUCCUCUCUUUGAUCCAGCUUCUUCAUCAACUUACAGAGCUCUUUCGUGUAUGUCCAACGAAUGUCGUUUGCUAAGACCAGCCUCCUUUUGUUCCAGUAAUUCAAGCUCUUGUGACUAUCAAUAUUCAUAUGUCGACGGGUCUAAUACCACAGGAAACCUGUCCCUCGACACUGUUACGUUGGGUUCCACAUCCAUUCCCAAAACUAUAUUUGGUUGCGGACACCAAAAUGGAGGAGAUUUCAGUGGGAUUGAGUCGGGAAUUGUCGGACUAGGACGUGGAGCUGUGUCGUUUAUCUCCCAAAUAGGGGGGUAUUUGGUUGGCGGGAAAUAUUUCUCUUAUUGCUUGGUUCCUAAUCCUGCAAUGUCUUUCCUGUCUAAUAACUCUAAUGCAACCUCAUCAAGCAAGAUUGUUAGCGCCACUCAAACCUUUUAUAUCGUUGAGCUUCAAGGCAUUAGUGUUGGAGCCAACAACAUCACACUUAAUGCAGAUGCCAAGGCCUUUAAGGGUAACAUGAUCAUAGACUCGGGGACUAACUUAAUGUACUUGCCGGAGUUGCUUUACGACAGUUUCAAAUCAGCAAUUGAAGAAGAACUUAAAUAUCGAGAUCUGGAGAUGAAGCAAGAUCCGACUGGUUCUGGGCUGUCUUGUUUCUUGACUAAGUAUGAUAUUCUUCCUGGCCCCAAUGUCACUUUCCAUUUUAAAGGGGCAGAUGUGAAGCUAAAAUCUGCCAACACUUUUGUUAGGGUGGAUGAUGAGACUGUUUGCUUAGCAUUCUCCUGA